UUGCGGCUCGCUCGCUCGCGAUCCAUCGAUCCGUUGACUACUACCGCGAGUAGUAGUUUUCGCUGCGCCCUCUCGCAUCAGUCAUCAGAGAUUCAGAGUAGACAAACAAGCAGCAGCAGGCGAGCCCCGCCGGCAUUCCCACACCACGCCGCGCCGCCCCCCAUUUGUUGCGGCCUGCCGUGCCGCCGCCCGCUUCCGCUCUCCGAGUCCCCCCGCCUCAAUCCGUCCGCCCCGCCGCCCCGCCUUCAAUCAAUUACUACUCCCCACCAGCGACUCCUUUCACUUCACCGCGCCCCCACAUCCACCCACCCGCCCUUCCACCUGCCCUGCUUUACCCGGCCGGCGCCCCCCAAACCCUAGCCCGCCUGCCGCUGCCUGCGAGGCGGCGAUGUCGGCGCCCUUGUCGCCCCCGCCGCAGGGGCAGGGGGCGGGGGAGGGCGGCGGCGGCGGCGGGCUCCCCGUGCCGGUGCCGGCCGCCGUGGUCGGGGACGACAAGGUCCUGGCCGCGGCGCAGCACAUCGUCAAGUCGCUCGCCACGUCCAAGAACGCCGCCGACGACAUGAUCCGCAUCCUCUCGGGCUUCGACCACCGCCUCUCCUCCAUCACCUCCGACCUCUUCCCGUCCCCGGGCCCCGCCGCCGCCUCCGACUCCGACCCGGAGGCCUCGGCCGACCGGGAAGCCCCCGACGCCGCCGCCGCCUCGCUCGCGGCCUUCGACGCUGCCGAGCAGCUCAUCCACCUCUGGGACACCACCCCGGAGGCGCUCGUCUUCGAGGCCCCCGAGGACGACGCGGGGCACUACCUCGCCGCCGUCGACGUCGCCGUCGACCACCUCGCCUCCUCCUCCCCCGCCGUCUCUGGCCGCGCAGGGGUCGCGGUCCAGCUCGCCAUGGCGCGCCUCGAGGACGAGCUCCGCCACCUCAUGCUCCGCCACGCCGUCCCGCUCGACGCCAGCGGCCUCUUCUGCUCACUCCGCCGCCUCUCGCUCGGAUCCAUGGACGACCUCGACACCUCCUCCGAGUUCGACCCUGCCACCCCGCACAGCCAGGACGGCGGCGGGCCGGACACCGCCCGCAGCGCCAGCAUCGCAGGGAACAACCCCUUCGACGACCAGGUGUUCGACCUCGUGCGCCAGGAGGCCGUGGACGAGCUGCGUGCCAUCGCGGACCGGAUGGUGCGUGCGGGGUACGCCAGCGAGCUUGCGCAGGUGUACUGCGCCAUCCGCCGCGACCUGCUUGACGAGUGCCUCAAUGUGCUCGGGGUCGAGCGGCUUAGCAUCGACGAGGUGCAGCGUGUCGAGUGGAAGCAUCUGAAUGACAAGAUGAAGAAGUGGGUCCAUGGGGUCAAAACGGUUGUCCGCUCCCUGCUGACCGGUGAGCGGCGCCUCUGCGACCAGGUGCUUGCUGCGUCCGAUGAGCUCCGGGAUGAGUGCUUUGUUGAGUCCACCAAGGGUUGCAUUAUGCAGAUCCGCAACUUUGGGGAUGCGGUGGCUGUGUGCACCCGCUCGCCGGAGAAGCUUUCCCGCAUUCUUGACAUGUAUGAGGCGCUUGCUGAGGUGAUCCCUGAACUGAAGGAGCUCUUCUUUGGUAGUUAUGGUGAUGACGUCAUCCAUGAUUUGGAGGGGGUUCUUGAAAGGCUUGGUGAUGCAGUGAAGGGUACCCUUCUUGAGUUCGGGAAGGUCCUACAGCAGGAGUCAUCGCGCCGGCCAAUGAUGGCUGGUGAGAUCCACCCAAUGACACGUUAUGUGAUGAACUAUCUUAGGUUGUUGGUUGUUUACAGUGAUACACUUGACACACUUUUGGAUGACAGUGGUGCUGGAGAUGUAGAUCAUAAUGCUUCACAUAACGGCACCGAUGAGGAUGAGGAGUAUCUGAAGAGCUUGACCCCACUUGGACGCCGUAUGGUCAAGCUGAUAUCUUACUUGGAGGCAAAUCUGAAUGAGAAAUCCAAACUUUAUGAAGAUGCUGCGUUGCAGUGCAUAUUUUCCAUGAAUAAUACACUCUAUAUUGUCCAAAAGGUGAAGGAUUCCGAGCUUGGGAGGAUUUUGGGUGAUCAUUGGAUCCGGAGGCGCCGUGGCAAGAUUCGGCAAAAUUCAAAGAGCUACCUCAGGGUUUCAUGGACCAGAGUGUUAUCUUAUUUGAGGGAUGAUGGUCAUGGCAGCAGUGGUAGUGGAAGUUUUGGCAGCAGUGGGAGUUCAAGCUCUAGGAUCAAAGAAAAAUUUAAGAACUUCAACUUGGCCUUUGAUGAGAUAUACAGGAGUCAAACACUGUGGAAAGUACCAGACCCUCAGCUCCGGGAGGAACUUAAGAUAUCUAUAUCUGAAAAUGUGAUUCCAGCUUAUCGUGCUUUUACGGGAAGAUACGGCAGUCUAGUGGAUAGUGGAAGGAAUUCAGGAAAAUACAUAAAGUACACCCCAGAGGACUUGGAAAAUCAUCUGUCUGAUCUAUUUGAAGGAUCACCAGGGUCUGCCAACCAUUCUAGGAGAAGAUGAUAAUUUCUUAUGAUGGUAUUUGGCUACAGGAGAAUUUGUCGCCGGAUAUUUUGGAAAAGAAAAGUAAGAAGGAAAACAUGACCAGUUCACUGGAUACCUCCAAAUGUUUCUUUUGAAUAUAUACUGUAAGAUGAGUUGAAUGUAAAUCAGCAAGUUACAGCCCAUCAGAAUUGUAACCUAUUCCUAGUUGUUGUGUUCAGCUAUCUGCUCUGGUUUUCAUCUUCCAAAUAAUGGUGAUCGUAGGUUAAUUGUCAGCUCCACAGUUUGUCACUUUCUGACUUGAAUCUCCAUGUAAAUACACAUCAACAAAUACAUCUUUCUUCUGUUCAUACUUCUCAGGCGCAUCAUGACUCCAAGCAAGAGACAAAUGGAGGUUGAGUUCUCUUCCUUUCCUCAUCAUGCGUGAGGCGGGGAAUUUGAGUAUCAACAGUGCAAAUUUGAUCCUCCCUAAACUUGUGAACUUGAUUAAAUGUGGACAUUAGUUAAAUGUAUAUGGUUUUUGACCUGAUUAUGCGAGUCUCUUUUGGGUUGAAUUUAGUAUGAACCAGCUCCAGUUGCAAA